UGAAAGCCAAACAGUAGUAGAGCUUACGACUAGGAGAAAACAGAAAGUACAAAUUUGAACAAAAAUAAAGGUUGACAUCAAAAUAUCUCGAUGUCUUCGAUACCAACCAAUACAUGGAGUGAGCAGCUGCGUGAAGUGAUCAGUUCACCAUUGGGAAUUGUGGCAAUGACCUGCCUCGUGGGCUAUAUUGCCUAUACGCAUAUGCGCCGUGAAUAUCCGACCUACGAUGACGAGGAUUACGAGAAGGAGGGGCACGUCAAGAUACCGCCGCCUCUAAAGAAUCUCACUCUGACCAGGGAGAAGCUCGAAUACUAUGAUGCAAAGAAUCCCAACGGCAGGUAUCUGGUCGCCCUACUGGGCACCAUCUACGAUGUGUCCAGUGCACCACACGACUUUGGACCGAAUGGCAGCUAUGAGGGAUUGGCUGGUACCGAUAUUAUGUGGUACAUUCGAAAUACGGCCCGCUUCGAGGCUCGCGAUUUCAAUAGCUAUCUGAACGAGUGGAAAAACAUGCUCGAAGAUCACUUUUAUGCAGCUGGCAUGCUAAUACCCGACAGCAACAAUGAUGAUUCGGACUCGGAUGAAGGCACAGUUUACAAUUCGGCCAACGAUAAAGAUGAAUACAGCGAGUUCAAUGCUGAAGCCGAUGAAGGCGAAGAAGAGGAACUAACGGCCACAGUUUACGAGAGCUCAAUUAAUAUGGAUAUGGAGGAUGUUGAUAAGACGAUCAUCGACUGGACCGAAGGAGACAAGACUAUUUUGGCCAUGUAGACCAGCCUUUGAGCACAGGCCCAGCAUUACACUAGAACAUAAAUAAUAAUAAAUAUUCCCCCAUUUCGUUUAUCUGCAUAUGCAGCCAUGGCUGUCCGUUGUGAUUGCUCGCGUCCUCGUCCAUGUCCAUGUCCAUGUCCAUGUCCAUGUCCAUGUCCAUGCAUAUAUCGAUUACUAAUUUUAAUGCGAAUCGAGAAAUUCAAUUCCAGGACUAUGAAAGACAACAGCAACCCCGUCCAGCGGUGCAAUCAUAAAAAUGGUAAUUUCCGGGCAACAACGAGUCCAAAUACAAAUUUCCCCAAACGGCAACCCUUGCUGGAAAAAAUGCACAAUAAGCCACAAAGCAAAGAACAGAAGAAACAAAGCUCAAGAUGCAACAACCUUUAAAACCUUCCUUAAAAUCCCUUACAUGCCAUUUGAAAGUACAAACAAAAUAUAUAACUUUAAAUAUGUAGUAUACAGUCGCCCUUCAUUGUCAGACACCUGCUGCGAACACUCUUUAAACUAGUGAAAAGUUCUAUUUAAAA